UAGAUCAACGUGAACACAGACAUUGCUUCACCUUCAUCUCCUCUAACCUGCUGACUGAGGGAGGCAGCGCUAACAGCUACACACACCUUGAGCACGGAAACUCACUUUAUCUGAGUGUAGUUCAACCUACAGACUGAAGACUGGGCGACUUUCCCAGUUUCGAGCAAACACUUGAGAGCAGCACAGGAAGAAGAAGAAGUCCAUGCAGUGUUACAGAGUGAGACGUGACUCCAGCAUCACAAGCUGACGUGUUGUUGUCACAUGACACCGCUGGUCUGGGGACAGGAGAGGCAGGAAAGACAGGACACCUCCUCGGUCUCCACAGUUAGAUGUCUCUAACCUGCUUAAAGAAGAAACCGAGAAGACUGAAACCACCUCAGGAAGCAGACAGUCCAGUUUAGGGUCAAACAGUGAUGGCCUCGGUUAAAAAAGACGACAGACUGACGAAGUCUCAGAGCUUUGCGUGCGUCGGGUUCAGCGGGUUCUUCAGUAAAACAGUCACCUCUCCUUUAGAGGUGGUUAAGAUUAAAAGCCAGGUGGGCACUUUUCACUGUAAGAGGAGUCUCUGGCAGAGUUUCCUCCUCAUCUACCAGAAUGAGGGACUUCGAGGGUUUUGGAAAGGAAACCUGGCCUCCUGUCUGCGGUUGUUCCCAUACACCGCAGUUCAUCUCACCACAUACAAACAGAUAGUCCACCUUCACAUGGAUGAGCUGGGCUUCAUCUCUCAGUGGAGAGCCAUAUUUGCCGGUGGACUGGCCGGCGUUGCUGCGGCUCUGACCACGUACCCUCUGGAGGUGGCAGAAACCAGGCUCAUCGCUCAGAACUGCAGACAGCCGACGUACAUCGGCGUAGCUCACACUAUCUCAAAGAUCUACAGGAAUGAAGGGCUGCUUGCUCUCUACAGGGGCUUUUCUCUCACUUUACUGGGUGCAUUUCCCUUUUCUAUCGGAUGCUAUGCCGUCUACAUGAACUUGGACAAACUCUGGCAGGAGCCUCCUUUUCGCUUCACCCCCCUCCAGAACUUCAUUAACGGCUGUCUCGCAGCGGGAGUGGCCCAAACCCUCUCCUACCCUUUUGAAACUGUAAAACGGAAGAUGCAGGCGCAGAGUGCCCGUCUGCCUCAUUUUGGUGGCGUCGACGUCCAUUUCAACGGAAUGAUUGACUGUUUCAUACAGGUUGUAAAAAGCAAGGGCGUCCUCUCACUGUGGAACGGCCUCACCGCCAACACAAUAAAGAUUGUUCCCUACUUUGGCCUUCUCUUCACCUGCUUCGAGAUGUGUAAGCAGAUGUGCCUUUACCGAAACGGGUACAUCGUCUCACCCCUGAGCUACAAACUGGCGCCGGGGGUCGACCAGAGCCUUGGGCCGUCCGAGCUGGAGGAGGCCAAGCGCUACUUGAGAAACAGGAACUUUGAGUCAGGGGGGUCGUCUUUGGGAAACCGCUGGUGAAACUUCACUUGAGAAACACAGACUCCUGACCACACUGAAUGAGAUACUUCAAAGGCUUGUGUCUGUAAUAAUUACAUAACAUUUCAUAAAAGGUGUUAACAUGCAUUUACAUUAUGUCCAGUCAAUCUAACGGUCUACCUCUUUCAGAAACAUUACUUUAUCUGACAAUAUUAUUUGUUUAUGAAUUGUUCACUCACCCUUCAUGUCUUUCCAUGAUGACUGUUUUUAACCAAAUAUUAUUAUGUGCCUUCUUGUGCAUUAACUAUUUAUUUUUGGGCUUAUUUCAGUUAUUGAUACCAAAUGGUGCCAUAUACUGUAGUUUAUUCUGAUAGGAUGCAAAUGCUCUCUUGUGUGAUAGAUUAUAUUUUAAUGUAUAAUGAAUGUAAAAAAUGUUGAUGCUUCUUAUGUUUGAGUAGGUUAUGAUCAAUCAUGUGAAUGUGCUAACAUGGAUUGUGAUGAAAGAAAUGUGCUUAAAACAUUAAAACACAUUUUUUUUCAUUUUGAA